AUGCACCACUACCAAACACAGCACAACUCAGCCUUGGCAAACUCGUACUCGACUCGAACUGUUUCUGCCCGCAUGGACCCGUCGCAAAAUAGGAAAGCGCAAGGUGCAUUUCGCUCGCGCAAAGACAAUCCACAGCCCAGCGAAGUCGCACGGCCCCAGACGGUGAUGGAGCGAGGCGGUAAGUGGGUGCCUGUCGCGACCGGCGGGACAUCCGCUGACAUGAUGCCAUCAGGCCGUGGUCUCGGAUCUACAGGCCUAUCUGCCCAGCACGUCGGCUUCGUAGUCCCGGGACCAGGACCAAUGGACGGCCCGUCUCCAGCAUACACAUACCUGGGAUACCAACACCCACUCUACCACCUCCCGCAAGGAGACAUCAACGGCAUCUCCUACGCGCCUCCCAAAGCAAGUCCUCCCCAAUCCUCCGCUCCGACAGUAUCACCCCCGCAACCCCCCUCCACAGCUCCCACAACACAACCCUCCAACCUCAUCCGCGACGCACCCGCCCCAUACGCAUACGACUUCUCGGACCGUGCGCUCGUCAUCCGCCUCGCGCGCAGCAAGCUCGCCCGCGCAACGGACUACACUUGGACCGAGCACUACGACAUCCUCCACAGCUCAUACAAGCAAGCUCUCAUCGCCGAACUCAACCGCAAGCUGCACCGGGGUCUGAAGCCGAAGCCGCUGCUUCGGGAGAUGGAUUCGAAGUGCGUUGAUGCCGGGUUCCAUGCGUAUUUGGCGUUUGCGCGGAGCGGCAUGCAGCAGGAGAUUGAGUGGAGGUGGUGUACUGAGCAUUUGGAUAUUUUGCGACAUGUGCGGCUUGAGCGGGUGGAGUUGGGGUUGGAGGAGUUGGAUCAUAUUUUGCGACAUGUGCGGCUUGAGCGGGUGGAGUUGGGGUUGGAGGAGUUGGAUCGUGUGGUUAAGAUGGCGGGGGCUUGGACGCUGGAGGAGAAGGAGGAGGAGGAGAAGGAGGAGGAGGAGGAGGAGGAUGACUAG